AUGGAUAGGUACCAGAGGGUGGAGAAACCCAAAGCAGAUACUCCAAUUAACGAAAAUGAGAUCAGCAUUACCACUCAAGGAAGAAUGAGGAACUAUAUCACCUAUGCUACCACUCUCUUUCAAGGGAUACGAUGA